CAGGCGGAUUCUGAUUGGCUCAGACACGGCUAACUCCAUUUUGGAAAACAGCUGUUUGAAGACACAACCUUUUCUCGUUGUUCGCUGACGGCGCCCUGAGAAAACAGCCAGGCGGCUCUCCGUUUUUAACACACACUUCACUUCACCACACGUUUGUUUACCUGUUUAUGUUUUCUUUUAACACACCAGUCUGCUCCAGCUUCGGCCCGGUCGCUGCGUUUUUUUUGUCCGACUGCCAGGAAACUUAACUGGGGAUCCAUGGUGUUUAAUUUCCAUUGUAACAAGUGGAUAACAGGAGGCGACCCGACCAAGGUGUAAUGAGAGCGCUGGUCAUGGACAGAUGAUGGACGUGGAGACGUCGUACUCGGACUUCAUCAACUGUGAUCGCACAGGCCGCAGGAACGCAGUGCCCGACAUCUCGGGGGAGGGGACAGUAGCGGCCAGCACCAGUGAACUCACCAAAGACCUGGCAGAGAUGGAUCUGAAGGCUGCAGAAGGAGAUGCGGGGGCCUCCCCAGCCCCUGAGGCAGAGGGCUCCACCAGCCAAGAUGCCCAGGGAAGUGGAGGCCCAUCCUAAGCUCACCCAGAGACUGAAGGGGAGGGGGGGGCAGAGCCAAGGAGAGAAGAGUAGAGGAGAGGAAGUAGGUGAAAGUGGAGUAGAGACAUGGAGAAAGGAGAGUGUAUAUUGGUUGUCCUAACUGGACACGAGGACACCUUCGCUCACUGCCAGCCUGUUCGGAGCCUCGGCGGCUCUAAAUGUUCGCCUUUUUAUUGGAUCAGAUUGUAACAUGAGGAACAGAGUAGAACUGACAGUUGAGACGCUGCGCUUACGCUUCAUACUCUGUUAGUCAUUUAUAUUCCUGACGAGACACGAAAGCACAGAAACUUUGGAUUCAUGCCUGUGGAGAUGGACUGAGCUGAACAGAAUUCAUUUAUAACAACACUCGAAACAUCGUUCCAGUCUAAUAUGGAACUGUGUCAUGGAGGGCGUAUUCAUAAUCAUCUGUUUGUCAUUUUCUUUCUAUGUAUGUGUUUGUGUGUUUGUGACCCUCUUGUCCUAUUUCUUUGUCAAGUCUUUUCUUUUUUUCAGUAACAUAGUCGUCAUUAUACUGUCGUGUACGGACUUCAUAUUUAUUGCUAAAUGUUCAGUGAUAACUUUGUGAUAGCAAUUUUCUUUAUGUAAUAAAAUACUUAUGAAUUACUGUAACAUUUGUAUUUUAUAUUUU